UAUACCUCCUCAUAAGCCCCUCCUUCAGAAGUCUUUCCACCUCUCCCAGAGCUCCCGCGAUCCUUCUCCGGAAGGAGAAGCUGAAAACCCGGAAAAAGGAUCGGGAAGCUCGGGCAAGAACUCUGCGCUUGCGCAUGGGGGGCAAGCCGGAAAUUGAAACCUGAGCGACUACGCUUCCGUUUCUGGUUUUUCUCCAGUGUUUGGGUUUCCUCGCCGCCGGCCAAGAUGAACCGAUUCUUUGGAAAAGCGAAACCUAAGGCUCCGCCACCUAGCCUGACUGACUGCAUUGGGACGGUGGAUAGCAGGGCAGAAUCCAUUGACAAAAAGAUUUCCCGGCUGGAUGCUGAACUAGUGAAAUACAAGGAUCAAAUCAAGAAGAUGAGAGAGGGUCCUGCUAAGAACAUGGUCAAGCAGAAAGCCCUGAGGGUUUUAAAGCAAAAGCGGAUGUACGAGCAGCAGAGAGACAACCUGGCCCAACAGUCCUUUAACAUGGAGCAAGCUAAUUACACCAUCCAGUCACUGAAGGACACCAAGACCACGGUUGAUGCCAUGAAAUUGGGAGUAAAAGAAAUGAAGAAAGCAUACAAGCAAGUCAAAAUUGACCAGAUUGAGGAUUUACAAGACCAGCUGGAGGAUAUGAUGGAAGAUGCUAACGAGAUCCAGGAAGCACUGGGCCGCAGCUACGGCACCCCAGAGUUAGAUGAGGACGACCUGGAAGCGGAGUUGGAUGCUCUGGGCGACGAGCUUCUGGCUGAUGAAGAUAGCUCCUACUUGGACGAAGCAGCUUCCGCACCUGCAAUUCCAGAAGGCGUUCCCAGUGACACAAAAAACAAGGACGGCGUGCUGGUGGAUGAAUUUGGACUGCCUCAGAUUCCUGCUUCCUAGACUUGCAACAUUCCAGCACGUGAUGUAACAAAACAAAAAGAGUAUUCUGGGACUAGGAAAUAGUUCCUGAUUUGCCAAACAGAUUUAGGUUUCUUUCCUUUCUUUGAAGGAAAAGCUAAUUACACUGCUCCUAUAAUUUUUUUUUUUCCGUUAAGGAAUUCAUUGGUUGGGGGAAGCUGUCUUUACUAAAAUUUGAUUUUUUUUUUU